UAUUCAGAAUGAUUUUGUUUAUGUAUUCUGCAGUUAGACAGAUCUAAACGAUGGGGACGGCAUCUUAAAAGUUUGCUGGUUAUUAUUUUUUCAAUGAUGAUGUGAAACAUUGAAGUGUUUAAGACUGCUGAGGCGUUACGAGCCAUGACGUCAGCUUUGACAACCAGUCUGUUCACAUAGGACGGAAGUACCGCGGUGAAUGUCGACAAUCAACUGAAAACGACCCUUUGUCAUUGUUUUAGAGGGAAUAAACAAGAGACCAUGAACCCAGGAGCUCUGUUAGGAGCAGCAGUCCUUGUGCUCGUGGUGGCUCAAGCGACUUCUCAAGCAGCUCUGUCUGAUCUGACGUUUACCGAGGUGGGGGUAGACUACGUCACUCUCUCCUGGACUGCGCAGGGAGACCUGAACAUCACGGGAUACCAUGUCUUUUACCAGUACUCCGGCGGUUCACGGAUAGGCCUGUCUCCUCCGCCGGCAGCGGGGGACACCACGGCGACAGUACGGGGACUGUACGCUGGAGUAGAGUACAAUUUUACUGUCAAGUCCUUUGGCGAAGAUGGUGAAGAAAAUGGAGAAGUCAGCGGGACUGAAACUACAGCGGCAGCGGUGUUGAACACGGCGUGCGAUCAGGGGACGAUGGAGGUGUCCAUCCCACUAGCCGCGCUGCCAGGUGUAGUGGUAGACAACAUGCACCUGCUGGACCCCAGCUGUGGCGGGACGGUCACCGCGACACACGUAACCUUCUCCACCAACCUGAUGGAGUGUGGGACUAUCCGACAGACUUCGGCAGAUAAGUUCAUCUUCAUCAACGAAGCCAUCGCCACCCCAGUGGUUCUGGGAAGUGGAGCAUUAAGGGGCGCGAACUUCAGCAGGAGGUUCCAGUGUGAGUUCAUCCGUCGGUUCGACAUCACACAGGGAAGAGAGGUCAUGCACAACAUCCCCCCUCCAAGUGUGCAGAUUGAGGUCGGGAACAACAGUCUGAUCAUCAACAUGAACAUGUUCACGUCUGCGGACUUCAGCGACACGUACGACACGCCUGACUUUCCUCUGAGAGUGACGCCGUCUGACCGCCUGCAUUUUGGCCUCAGCGUGGCCUCGCCUCUGGACAACCUGGAGCUGUUCGCUCUGCAGUGUGUCGCCACACCGACCCUGGACCCUGACGACUCUCCCCGGGUCAGCAUUAUUCAAGACGGGUGCGACAUCGACCCGACCCUGGAGAAGAACGCCGCCCGUUCAGGCGAGAAGGCCCUGUACUACUCUGUCCAAGCCUUCACUUUCCCCAACGCUGCUGAUAACAGCCUGUUGUAUAUCCAUUGCACCAUGCUGGUCUGCUUUGAAGACGACUCCAACUCGAGAUGCAGUGAGGGCUGUAUCUCCGCCAGGCGGCGCAGGCAAGCUGAGUCGGUCAUGAGUGAACACCGAGUCCGCCGUGAGAGCGGUAAGGAGCGAGAGAUCAAAAUCAGCCAGGGUCCCGUCAUCACCGAGGCUGACAAAGGAAAAGGCUCCACCUUCCCUACCGUGGGUGUGGCUGUUGGCGCGGUCGGGGUGUUGACUGGUGCCCUGAUGAUGAUAGCUACUGUCGUCAUGCUGAGGACGAGACGUGGUCUGGUCACUGGGAAUAGGGCUAAUGAUUGUGCAGGUAAGAAAGCUUAAGUCGCGAUCUUUUGUUGUAAGACCAGUACAAGAUCAGAAGGGAGCCCAAGCUCAAUGAUGAAAAGUCAACGCCAGUGAAAGAGAUGAAGCCCGCUAUUUGUGCCAUGAUGUGGGCCGCGUGAUAUGUUCUAUGCAAAUGUCUUUAACACAAGAUAUACAAAGUUUCUUCAUAUACAAAGUAAACGAAGAAAAAAAUCACAUUGAAAAAGUAGCACCUUCAGGUUUCCUUCUAAUUCUACUUACUGCCACAGUGGUAGCAGUACAUAAUUCCCAGCUCACUUGUUCGCUUACAAGUUCAAAUGUAAUGACGCCCUCUACAAGGUCACAGUUAUGUUCAAACAUCUUUAAUUGUUUUCCUUUUUGCAGGUCUGGACAACUAUACGUUCCAGGUGUGGGGAAAGAGCAAACCCGACGUCCCUGCUCAUGGCUAGGAGUAGUUGUCUAUCCUAUUGUGAUAAUGACGAUAUUUCAAUAAAGUUUCCAUUGUGUGUUUCUUGCGGGAUUUUAUAGACUUUUUGUUUUCUUAUGCCCAUUAAAUAUGACACUGUUUAGAUGAAAAAUGAUAGACGUUGGGAACGCGAAAUAUUGGAUAUUCAUUUUAAAUUAAAUUGAUAAAAGUAGAGCCAUUACACACGUGUUCAGUGUCAUAAUUGUCAUAGAACUACACAAAAGUCUUGAUCUAGUGUUCUUGCUUGCCACGCCAAGGCAGUUUAGCCUAUUACUAAAACCGUCAGAGCAGGGCCGACAAUAACGCGGCAAUGAUGCUAAGUGAUGUACGUGGUGUCUGUUUUCCUUAUGAAAUUAAAAAAGUGGAAAAUAUAUAGUACGCUUUGAGUGCACUUCUUUAUUGUUUCUUUUCAUGGCACUAUGGAUUCACUAGUACAAUCCUUUGAUGGGUCAUAUCAUAAUUGUACAACACAGAUGUCUGUGUACUUCGAGGAGACGUUGAAGUCAUCUUGAAAAUUGCAACAUAUACUAUAAUACACUGACAGCAUAGCGAAACAUCCCCACAUCGUUCUCACGUCUGACAGCAUGUGAGUCAGGCCUGAGAUGUAGUCCCUCCCAACUGCUAUCUGUGAUCCAGAAAACAUCGUCUUUUCAGUGUACCCAAAUACAAACCCGACACUUUAACUUAGCUUUCGUCCACCUCCACUAUCCUGAUGAGAUGACAAAUACACAUUUCUUUCACUACAUCAACUCCUUCACAUUCUUCAGUAUGAUGUUCGCCUUUUUACUGGCGAUUUCCUGAUGAAUCAGUCUCUUGACUUCCCUUUGCUUCAAAACGUCCUACCAAAACUCCCAUUCUGAAUAAUCCAUAGCAUAUUGUUUUGCUAUUUGUUCUACCACCAAUGACUGUUCUACUUUUUUUUCAGACCAAUUCGUCUGAAAUA